AUGAGAGCAUUUGUGAUCAUCGCCUUGUUGGCUACCGUAGCCACCGCCGGAUUGCUGAAUCCGAAAGAUUUGGGAAAGGGAUUCGAAGAUCUCUUGGAUCAGGGCAAAUUUAACGACCUUUGCAAAAACGGCAAGGUCAAGGACCUGAUCAACGGCUUGACAAGUGUCACCGACAAAACAAAGAAGGCGCUGCACUCGGCGGUUAAUAUCCAUAAAAAGUUGGGUGCUGAUGACAAGAAGCAUUUGCACCACUUCUUUCAGUUCAUCGUCAAGUAAGUUACUUUAUAUUGCAACCAUGAACGUGAUUAUAGGUUCGGAAGGGAAUAUCAUAAUGACACCGCCACUUCGGAACGCUUUGGUCACUUUAAAACGUCAUUAAAACGCAUAGAAAGCCGCCAAAAGCAUAGCCCAAAAACUAAAUUUGGAGUUACCAAGUUUUCCGACCUAAGCGCACAGGAAUUCGUUAACAAACACACUGGAAUCAAGGGAGUUAGCCAUGUCCAAAAGCUGCACAGCACUUCUAAGCCCGCCAAAAUCCGCGCCAAACGCCAGAAUACCCCAGACUUUGACUGGAGAGAUCAUGAAGGGGUCACCUCCAUCAAGGACCAGGGCGAUUGUGGCUGUUGCUAUGCUUUUGCUGCUGUCGCUGCCAUUGAGAGUCAGCACAAGCUUCAGACCUUUGAAGAAUUGGAUCUGAGUGAAGAGCAGAUGGUCGCGUGUACCUACCAAAACCAGAACUAUGAUAAUAACAAUGGCUGCGACGGAGGUUCCUCCCCAGGAGUGCUGAGAUAUGCGAUUGACCAUGGAAUCACCAGUGAGGCAGAAUGGGGCUACACUUUGGGCGAGACUGAUGACAACUCGGCCAUUCCACAGUGUGAAAGCAAGACCCCCGCAAUCAACUCGGUUACUAGCCAAUCACAACUCCCAUCCGGUGACGAGGACAACAUGGCCAGUGUCAUUGCUAGCUCCGGACCAAUCAUUACAUGUGAGUACAAUUGAGUAACCAUCCACGACACUUUUCAGACCUUGAUUCCCGACCACUUCAAGACUAUGAAGAAGACAUCCUCGACGCCGAAGAACCCGCAGGUGGCUGGGAAAUUAACCAUGCCGUCCUUACAGUUGGCUAUGGAACCGAGAAUGGUACUAACUACUGGAUUAUGAAAAAUCAAUGGGGAGAAGAGUUUGGUGAGAGCGGAUUCUUCAGAGUCGUUCGCGGCACCAACAACAUGCUCGUCGGAGACUACAGUUACCAGGUUCAACUUUAA